GGGGAGGGGGGGUGGGGGGAGGAGAAGAAGCUUCUGGCCUCGCCGCCAUCUUUAGCGCCGCGUCCCGCGGCCGCUUCGCCACCGCCUCCAGCGCUAAAGCGGCGCCCCCGGAAGAGCGUCGCGGUUCCCCCCCUUUGGCUUUUGGGGGAGCCCCCCCCCCCCUUUCCCCCCCUCGAGGCAGGGCGAGACGAUGGAGGCGGGGGGCUCGAGCGCGCUGCCCGACCCGACGGAUGCCAUGACGUCGGACGACUUCGACAUCGUCAUCGAGGCGAUGCUCGAGGCGCCCUACAAGAAGGAGGAGGCGCAGCCCGGUCCCUCCAAGGUGCAGACGGAGCCUCCGGCUUCUCAGCCGGCGGAGGAUUCGGGCAAAGAGGCCAAGAAGGAGAGCGGCAGCGGCAGCGGGAGCAGCAGCCGGAAGAAGCGAAGCCGAAGCCGGAGCCGAAGCCGUGAGCACAGACACAGCCGGAGCCGCGACCGCGAUCGGGAUCGGCGCAGGAGGAGCCGGAGCCGGGAACGCCGCAGCCGUCACCGCAGCCGCAGCCGGGAACGCCGGCGGAGCAGCCGCUCCCGCAGCCGGGAACGCCGGCGCGACGACCGAUCCCGGCGCCGCUUCGGGCACAGCAAGAGCCCUCUCUACCGGGAGAAGAGCCCCGCGCGGGAACCGCUCGGCAGCCUCAGCCCCGAGGAGCGCGACGCCCGCACCGUCUUCUGCAUGCAGCUCGCCGCCCGCAUCCGCCCCCGCGACCUCGAGGACUUCUUCUCCGCCGUCGGCAAGGUGCGGGACGUGCGGAUCAUCUCGGACCGCAACUCGCGCCGCUCCAAGGGCAUCGCCUACGUGGAGUUCUGCGAGAUCCAAUCGGUGCCCUUGGCCAUCGGCCUCACCGGGCAGCGCCUCCUCGGCGUCCCCAUCAUCGUCCAGGCCUCACAGGCCGAGAAGAACCGCCUGGCGGCGAUGGCGUCGUCGCUGCAGAAGGGCGGCGGAGGGCCCCUCCGCCUCUACGUGGGCGCUCUGCACUGCAACAUCACCAAGGAGAUGCUGCGCGGCAUCUUCGAGCCCUUCGGAAAGAUCGACAGCAUCGUGCUGAUGCGCGACCCCGACACCGGGCAGUCCAAGGGCUACGGCUUCAUCACGUUUGCGGAGGCGGAGUGCGCGCGCCGCGCCCUGGAGCAGCUGAACGGCUUCGAACUCGCCGGGCGCCCCAAGCGCGUGGGGCAGGUGACCGAGCGCCCCGACGGCACCACCGACAUCGCCUUCCCCGACGGCGCCGACGACGACGCGGGGCCCGCCGCGCGCCUCCAGCUCAUGGCCAAGCUGGCCGAGGGCUCGGGGCUGCCGCUCCCCACGGCGCAGGCGCUGCAGCUCAAUGGGGCACUGCCCCUCGGCGCCCUCAACCCCGCCACCCUCACCGCGCUGAGCCCGGCGCUGAACUUGGCCUCCCAGACGCUGGCGUCGCAGUGCCUGCAGCUCUCGGGGCUCUUCACCCCACAGACCCUGUGACCCCUCCCCCCCCGGAUUUUCCCGGUUUUUUCUCCGUUUUUUUUCUCCGGUUUCGUUUUAUUUCGAGAAAUAAAAAAAACGGCCCCAAAAAAAACCCACAAAGGACCCA